UUUUUGCUCUUCAGUGUUGACCCACUACCAUUUGCUUCUAUUCUUCUUUUCUUUCCGCCUCAAACUUAGGGUUUUUUUUCUUCUUCUCCAUAUUUUUCUUUGUUGGUUUUGAUAUGGGUUCUGUUGUUUGUGUUCUCUUGAUCUCUGUGUGCAGUGUGGGUCAGUUGAAUUUUCAUUUUUGAGUCGCUAUUGUUAUGGCUUUUUCCAGUCGCUUUCAGCCGUAGUUAGGGUUCUUCAAAGAUUCUCCUGCUAAAAUGGCGCUUUUUGCGCAUUGAAUCGACUUUAGCAUCACCUGAUUCGCCUCUUCUCAUUUCGUGGUUAAUUUAUUAAAGAUGUGUUUUUUUGUUUUCUCCUGUUUUUUCUGUUAGAAGCAGCUCACAAAAAACAAAAAGAAAGAAAAAAAGGGUACUUUAUUUUAUUUAUUUAGUUGAAGUUAAAGAUUAUGGCUUACCAGCAGCAACAGCAGCAGUAUCCUGUGCCAAGUCCAAGCUCCGGUACAGGCGGACUCUAUUUCUUGUAUUCUCCAUUUGGGGACACUACUUUCACUAAAGUUUUUGUUGGAGGGUUGGCUUGGGAGACACAGAAUGCAACCUUGAGACAUUAUUUUGAGCAAUUUGGGGAGAUACUUGAGGCUGUGGUCAUCACUGAUAAAAAUACGGGUCGAUCCAAAGGAUAUGGGUUUGUGACUUUCCGGGACCCCGAAUCAGCCCGAAGAGCGUGCACAGAUCCGACUCCUAUUAUUGAUGGGAGACGUGCAAAUUGUAAUUUGGCAUCACUCAGGAGACCUCGUCCAGCGAUACCUUUCGGACGCCUUAGAUCUCUGGCACCUUACCUUGGAGGUGUAAGGGGUGCUUAUCCUGGAAAUUAUGGCUUCCAACAACCAAUAGCAUAUGGAUUUCAACAAGGCCUGAUGUAUUCUCCUUAUGGAAGCAGGCAUACUGCUUACAGUCCAGAAUAUGCUUAUCCACAGCCACAGGGUGUUUACAACCCAUAUGGAGGUCAACAAUUCCUUCAGAUGUAUAAUUUGCCUGGAACAAUCGGCUCAACCAUGUAUCCUUCAUUGCAAGGAUUUGCAAUACCUGGUCAUCAAAUAGUGCAGUUUGGUGGGCCCAAUGCCAAUAUAAUAACAACAUCAUCUCUUCAAACUAUUCCAGCACCAUAUCCUGCAAGUGCUAUCCCGCAACAACCACAAUUCAUUCUACCUGCACAUAAUCCUCAAUUCAUGCCGAGUGGCGGUUCUGACCAAAAUGCUGGAUGAGGGAUUUGAACUUGGUUCCCUUAGUUUGCAGCAGGACUAAGAACAGCAGUACUGCCACUUAAUUUGCAGGCUUCAAAUCUAGCCUUGGAAAUGAUUUGUUGCGCAUUCUAGUGGUCUUAAAAUUGUCACGCUCACCAGACAAGUCAAAAAUCCGAGUCCCUCAUGGUGGAAGGACAAAUCUUCCUGUAUAUCUAAAAAACUCUUAAUGUAAUUCUCUGCUAGCCUUCUGGCUACUGAUCUUUGGAAAUAACGAAAGAAAAAAAAAAAGUAUCGAUGGUAGAAUCAACAUAUGAUUCUUUGACAAUGUUCAAGUUGUCCGAGCAUUUUGGACGUGUAGAUAGGCUUUGUCUUGGUGCCGGUCUUUGUGUUGCAUAUUGCAUUUGUAUUUAAGGAAACAAAUGUCGGUCAGCAUUCUUGUACAUAACAACAGCAUAUUGACUUUUGACCCGUUUAGUUGAGCUGGGCUCGGCUUGUUAAGAGUUCGAGAUCGAGCACCUGGAGCUCGGCUUCCUGGUGUUCAAAUUUAUUUAUUUAUUUUUUUAAUUAUUGUUCGUGCUGGCAAAAAACCGAAAGGCAUGGGUAACUGUUACACAGAUUGUAUAGUGUAGGCCUUAUAAAAUUUGUCUUUCUUUUUUGAUCUUUUUCUUUUUCUCAGUUUUUUUAAGGAUUAAAAUGGUUUCAACUUUGCAAUAUAGCAGGUUUCAGUUGGGAAGAAAA